AUGUAUUCAUUAUUUCAGAAAAAUCAACAUAACAAUAAUAAUUAUUAUUUAAAAGAAUUUUUAAAUAAGAAUCAAUUCAAUAAAUUCAAUGAAUUAUUUUUCAAUUAUAAAGAAGAAGAGGGAGAUGAUAUCAAACCAUUAAAUAGUCCAAAAGAAUUUUAUGAAAAAUUAAAAAUUAAUAUUUUAUCUGCUAAAAACAUUAUUUAUUUAUCAGCAUUAUAUAUUGGAUCAAAUGAGAUAGAAUUGAUAGAUUUAAUAAGAAAAUCAUUGAUAAAAUCAACUGGAUUAAAAGUAUAUAUAUUACUUGACUAUUUAAGAUCUACAAGACAGAAAUUUCCAGACAGAAUAACAGUCAAUUUAUAUCAUACACCAAAUUUAAAUCAUCUAUCAAAACUAAUAUUACCAACGAGAUUUAAUGAGGGAAUUGGGUUAAUGCAUAUUAAAUUAUUUAUAUUUGAUGAUAAUAUUAUUCUGAGUGGUGCUAAUCUUAAUAAAGAUUAUUUUAUUAAUAGACAAGACAGAUAUUUAUUAAUUACUGAUAAUAAUACUAGUGGUAAUGGUAAUAAUAAUAGUAGCAGCAGCAACAGCAAGUCAUUAAUAAUAGAAUAUUUCAUAGAUUUAUUAAACACAAUUUCAAUAUUUUCAUAUAAUUUAAAAUUAAUUAAUAAUAGCACUAAUAGUAAUGGAAUUAUUACUAGUAAUGAUGAUAACAGUUUUCCUGAUCCUAUUUAUAAUAAAAAAUCAUUUAGAAAUAAAUCAUAUUUAUUGAUAAAUAAUUUUAUUAAUAAAUGGGUUAAAAAAACAAAUAAUUAUUAUAGUAGUAUGAAUAGUAGUAGUAGUGAUAUGUUAUCAUCAUAUGAUACAAUUAUUUCUCCAAUUAUUCAAAUGAAUCAAUUAAAUAUCAAUCAAGAUGAAAUAAUAACAAAUAAAUUAUUAAAUAUUAUCAUAAAUAACAAUAUUAAUGUCAACAAUAAUGAUAAAUUAUAUUUAAGUACUGGAUAUUUUAAUAUAAGUAAAAAUUACAAAGAAAUAAUAAUAAAUCAUAAUAAUAAUAAUUCUUUACUAAUUAAUUUAAUCACUUCAUCACCUGAGGCAAAUGGAUUUUUCCACUCAAAAGGUUUUUCUAAAUAUUUGCCAAAAUCUUAUUUAUUUUUAGAAAAAUGUUUUAUUGAUGAAAUAAAUAAAUUUAAUAAAAAUAAUUUAAUUAAAAUGUAUGAAUAUAAAAGAGAAAACUGGACUUUUCAUGCCAAAGGGUUAUGGUAUUAUUUCAAUAAUAAUAAAUAUCCUUCUUUGACUCUAAUUGGAUCUUCAAAUUAUG